AUGUUAGGAUUUUUUCAUGAACAUGGGAUUGGCACAGUUGUGGAAUAUCAAACGGCCUUCGAAUAUUAUUCGAAAGCCGCAAGCACGGUAACCGAUGGAGAUGAGAUUUCUACAUUUUCAUCAUUGUCUGAGAGUAACAGGGCUAUUGGGAAAAUCUGCCUUGCCAACUUCUAUUUAGAAGGAAAAGGCGUGGCACAAGAUGAGAAAAAGGCAUUCCAAAUUAUGCUUAAAUUCUCUGAGGAAGGAUCAAUCAGAGCACUAAACUUUAUUGGAGUUUGCUAUGCAAACGGUUAUGGUGUAGAAAAGAAUGAAUCAAAAUCUUUCGAGUUAUAUUUAAAAUCUGCAGAAAAAGGCAAUCUUAUUGCGCAAUGUAAUUUAGGAUAUUGCUACCAGGAAGGCGAAGGGACAAAAGAAGAUAAAGUUAAAGCAUUUCGAUGGCGAUUAAAUUCCGCCUUGGCUGGAAAUAUUGUUGCAAAAUAUUUUGUUGGCGAUUCCUUUUAUUAUGGGACUGGAAUUGAGAAAGACGAGGAGACCGCGUUUGAAUGGUACUUGAAAUCUGCCGAGGGUGGCUAUGAUGGCGCACAGUGCGACCUCGGUUUUUGUUAUGGAACGGGUUCUGGAACAUCUCAGAAUGAUAAAAAAGCAUUUGAAUGGUACCUUAAAGGUGCUAAAAACGAAAAUAUAAUCAGUCAACGAGCAGUUGGUGCACGAUACUUGCGAGGGAAUGGGAUCGAAAAGGAUAUUAUCGAAGGCAUUCGCUGGUUAACUUUGGCUAAGAAUAAAGGAAACGAGGAAGCCGCAAACCUGUUGAUGGAUUUUCUUGAUGAUCUGCUUUAA